CUUGGCGUUGGAUGAGUGCACUUCUUGUUGGCGCUGGGGGGCGGGGGGGAGAGCCGGAAGGUUACCUGGGAAGCGCGCGCGGGAAAGUGAGUUGUUGCAGAAAUUGGAACGUUGACCCGGGCCAGCUGGAGCAGCAUGAAGUUUGUCACCUGUGAGAUAGCAUGGCACAACAAAGAACCUGUAUACAGCGUUGACUUUCAGCAUGGAGCAGACGGAAGGAUUGACCGAUUGGCCUCCGCAGGGGUAGACAGUGCAGUUCGGAUGUGGAAGGUGGACAAAGGCCCGGAUGGAAAAGCGGCAGUAGACAUUUUAUCCAAUCUGAUCCGUCAUACGAAGGCUGUGAAUGUUGUAAGAUUCUCCCCAAGUGGUGAGAUUCUUGCAUCCGGAGGAGAUGAUGCACUAAUAUUGUUAUGGAAAUUGAAUGACAACAAAGACAUCAAAGAAUCCGAACAAAACCUUUUUGAAGAGGAUGCUCAGUUAAAUAAGGAGAAUUGGACAGUACUCAAAACAUUACGGGGGCACAUAGAGGAUGUGUAUGAUAUCUGCUGGACUCUCGAUGGAAAUCAUAUGGUAUCCGGAUCAGUUGAUAAUACUGCCAUCAUGUGGGACGUUAAUAAAGGGGCAAAGUUGUCCAUCUUCAAUGAGCACAAGAGCUAUGUGCAAGGUGUCACGUGGGACCCUCUCGGACAAUACAUUGCCACACUGAGUUGUGAUCGGGUUAUGCGGGUGUAUAGCACACAGACCAGGCGGGUGGCAUUUAAUGUCAGCAAGAUGUCAUCUGGUAAUGAAGGCGAGACCAAGAGUUAUCGGAUGUUUCACGAUGAUGGCAUGAAAUCGUUUUUCCGCCGACUCACCUUCACACCAGAUGGCUCUUUGUUGCUCAUUCCGGCUGGUUGCGUUGAAGCUGGAGAGAAUGUUACGAACACAACGUAUGUAUUUUCCAGAAAAAAUCUGAAAAGGCCAAUAGCGCAUCUACCUUGUCCUGCUAAAGCCACACUGGCUGUUCGUUGCUGCCCAAUAUUUUUUGAGCUAAGGCAACCAAAGGUCGAAGAUGAGUCACAUAAGAUGAUGAACAUUUUUAAGUUGCCCUAUCGGCUGGUGUUUGCUGUAGCUUCAGAAGACUCCAUACUCUUGUACGACACUCAACAGACAGUGCCCUUUGGUUAUAUCUCAAAUAUCCAUUAUCACACCCUAAGUGAUAUAACAUGGUCACGCGAUGGGUUGAUCCUCACUAUUUCAUCCACUGAUGGAUACUGCUCCUUUGUCACAUUUGAGAAAGAUGAAUUGGGUGUACCUUUGAAAGAAAAGCCGGUGCUGUCCAUCCAGACCCCUGGCAUCUCGGAGAAAAGACUGAAAAAGGGUCAGGCAAACCGACUAUCUGCUGGCACCCCAAAACAGACCGAGAGCAGCACUCCUGCUCGGACUGUGGAUCAACAGGACCCUUCUACCUCUGCUCAGCCAAACACACUCAGUGCAGUGGCAGCCCCUACUAAAGAGGUGCCUGGUACUCCCGUCACGACUAAAGCCUCUCCAUCCUCGGCGGACAGUGCUGUACAGGGCAGCAAGGCUUCUCAUUCCCGGAGGAUCACCUUGAGAACAUUGGAGGCCUGGAGCAAACCCAGCAAAGCACCCGUGCCAAGGCGAAUCUCACUGAUGCCUCUGAACUCCAGUACUUCCAAGGUGACAUCAACACCCGUCAUAACCCAAGCAGAAAACACAGCACAUGAGGGAUCUUCUCCUUCCAAUGAUCCUCAGUGCAAGUCACCAGAUGCUAAACGUUUGAGGAUUGAUGAUCAACAGAGUGUCAGUCCCACAGAUAAUCUGGAAACAAAUGAUGAUUGCAGGAGGGACAAAUGAACAUUGCUCAGAACUUUUUUAAAACAUGUACUUUGUAUAAAAUUCUGCAGUGUGGUCAGUUUUGCUGCAAUGUGUAGAUGUAUAUGCGAGCUGGAAGUUGCAGUGUAAAGCAUCUCUUAAUUUUCUUUUUGUUACCAGUUUUUAAUAUUACAUCCUUUCAUCCUCUUGGUAUUGGUGACAUUAGGCUGUUGCUAAAUGUGAAUAGUCUUGUUUUAGUUAAUCACUGUACAAAGUAUCAAUUAUAAAAUUAAAAGCAUUUUCUGUUGAUAGAAAUGUGCACUUCAUAUUCCAGUUCCUAAAAUAUUCAACUUGAUGGAGCACAUCUAUUGCAGCUCAAAGAUCUUGGGUACUUGAAUGUGUACUUGAAGUGCAGUGACUUCAGAAAUUCUACAACCACUUUGUGCACAGCAAUUAGAAUGAUUAAUGACCUGCCUAAUAAUGUAAGUUAAUGAGUGAAUUCAAGCCACACUCUCAUUUGGAACGUUUGACAUUGCUGUGCAUUUUCUGAGUGUAGAUUUAUAUCUGUCAGGUCUCAUACACCGAGAGAAUGGGCUUGGUAUAAGGUUGGAGCCAGGGACUUGGUUGUCACUUUACACUGACCCACUUGUUCUCAGCCCCUUUCAGAGCUGCCGUGUAAGUGGAGGAGUAGAUUGCUUCACUUGUCCCCAGUGAGUUGGGAGAAAAGAACAUUAAAAUGGAAGUUUAAAUGGCUGUAAUGGUGGUGUUUGAGGGGUACGUAAUAUCUUGUAAGCACAGCCAGACUCCACCAUGAUGACCUAGAAGUGCCAAAUUGUUGAUUCGUCUCAGUUUCCUCCUAAGCUCCCCACAGAUCAGUCCCAUUCCCUCCGUGUGAUAUCAAUAAAUGACAGGUUUGGAUGUAGCAUACGUUAUGGCCCUUUGUAGUACAUCACUUAGCCUCCAAUGCAGGUACUGUCCCCAUGAUACUGUUCCAGUGUUUUAACACUGGGUCUUACUAAUAAUGGGAAAUUCCAUCAUGCUUUUGACCUGUACCAAUGCUUAGGCAGGUAUUGGGAGUGAGGAUAUGAGUUACUUGCACCCAGAAUUUCUAUCCUGAUGGGAUCUUAGAGCUGUAUUUAUAUGGCUGAUCCAGUUUAUGGUCAAUAGUUUAAAUUGGGCUAUUUAAUUAAUUGGAUUAUUACCAUCGCUGCUUAUUGAAAGAGCUAUCUGAUGUAGGGUUAAAUUUGACUUGGAACUUACCAUGCACUAUAAACGAUGAUCACAUUGAUUUGCUGGGGGGGAGUUUGCUACUCUUCAACUUUUUCUGAACAGCAAAUCUCACCACAUCAAGAAGAUGUAACACUCCUUAUUCAUUGCACUAUGAUUGCUUAUAGGGAGGUAGCAACAACCGUGCAAGACCAUUGACCCUUGAAUUGAAGCUACUUGCAUAAACAGGUGAGAGAAAUUGGAACUUGGUUUCAAAGAGGCCAGAUACAGGCAUCAGCUACUGAACCUGAGAAAGUUGUGAACAACACAGCAGCUCCUCACACGACCACAUGUUGUAAGCAGUCGUCUUUUUCAGAAAACGCUUUAUUCUCAGGAUGUGGGUGUGUGCCGUAUCUCACAUGUAGCCAAAUAGGUGUGUCAGAUUCACUUCCUUUCCCUCAAUGCCCUGCAAGCAUUCACAAUAGCGAGGGUGAGUUUGACUUUGGGUGAUUAGGUUUUGCUGAAUGAUACAAAUUGUAACACACUGUCCAAAUUGAAUGAAAAAUGAAAGCUAUAAUCGAUGUUUAUAAUAACAUUAGCAAAUCAUCUGUGUCAUCAGGAGAAAGUGAGGACCGCAGAUGCUGGAGAUCAGAGUCGAAAA